GCAUCAUUAACUUUGCGCACGUGAGGCGUCAUUCACCAGGUACCUUGAAAAACAAGGCACAAAGGUUUAUCAUCACCAUGGAGCUUAAUUCGAAAUUCCAUGAGCUGGGAAAGUUUUCGUUCACUGCCUGUGGCUGCAACCCCAGAUCUCACGGUACGCAUAAACAGUGACCAUUGCCCCUCUGGAGCUCCAAAUUUGCCCCACCGAAACUGCGAGCUACAUCAACAAUUCCUCACUUUGCCUUCACCUCGGGUUCCUUCCUCUGCACCUCGAGUUCUUUCCUCUUCGCCUCGAGUCCUCUCCUCUUCACCUCGAAUUCUUUCCCCUUCACCUCACGCCCACACCGACCUUUUCGAAUUCGCGGUGCUACAAGAGUGCUUUCUUCGUUGGCUCUGACAGCGCGCACUCUUCUCUUCUUCCCACACCCGCACGAUCAUGGCCGAUCUUGCGAGUCGCAUUACCAAGCCCGACGGCUCGGCCGCCGAUAACACACCAGUCGCUGCGGCUUCCCCAAUGGAGGCCUCCGCCAAUACCGCCGCCGAUGCAGCUGUCUCUAGUGAAGCUCAGCUCGAUAGUGCCGACGCUGGAGGUCCUGGACUGCUCGAGCCAGACUACGACGUGGAGGUCUCGUUGAGCGCGCUGCAAGAGAACGAGGCCACCCCGUUUCAUUCAGCCACCACCUGGGAAGAUCUAAAUCUUAAGCCCGAGCUCCUCAAGGGCCUCCAGGCUCUUAACUUCCUCAAGCCAUCCAAGGUGCAGGGCAAAUCGUUGCCUCUGAUGCUUAGCGAUCCUCCGCGCAACAUGCUCGCCCAGUCGCAGUCUGGCACAGGAAAGACGGCUGCUUUCGUCACCGCUAUAUUGUCGCGCGUGGAUUUCAGCCAGCCCGACAAGCCCCAGGCACUUGUUCUCGCGCCCAGCCGUGAGCUUGCGCGUCAGAUCGAGGGUGUCAUCAAGGCCAUUGGUCGCUUCGUGGAGAACUUGGCUAUUGCCCCAGCUGUCCCCGGUGCCCUGGCACCAGGAGAGCCCGUCCGCAUGCCGGUCGUGGUCGGUACUCCCGGUCGUGUGCAGGAUAUCAUCCGCAGGCGCCAGCUCGAUGUCUCCAACUUGAAGGUGCUGGUUCUUGAUGAGGCCGACAACAUGCUGGACCAGCAGGGUCUUGGCGAUCAAUGCAUGCGCGUUCGCACCAUGCUGCCUCCGGAGAUCCAGGUGCUCCUUUUCUCGGCGACCUUCCCCGAGAAGGUGCUCAAUUACGCCACGAAGUUUGCGCCCGAUGCUCACUCGCUCAAGCUGCAGCGCAGCGAAUUGACAGUCAAAGGAAUCUCACAGAUGUUCAUCGACUGCCCCAACAACGAGGAAAAGUACACUAUUCUAUGUCGCUUGUACGGUCUGAUGACGAUCGGUCAAUCUGUUAUCUUCGUUAAGACCCGCGAGAGCGCGAACAUCAUUGAGCAGCGCAUGACCGCCGAUGGUCACAAGGUCUCCGCUCUCCAUGCCGCAUUUGAGGGAGCCCAGCGCGACGAGCUCCUCGCCAAAUUCCGCAGUGGCGAAAACAAGGUCCUAAUCACUACGAACGUCCUGGCCCGAGGCAUCGAUGUCUCCAGUGUCUCCAUGGUAAUCAACUACGACAUCCCCAUGAAAGGUCGUAGCGACGAUGAGCCGGACCACGAGACCUACCUCCACCGCAUUGGGCGCACGGGUCGCUUCGGGCGUGUCGGUGUCUCCAUCAGCUUUGUGUCCGACAAGAAGUCGUUUCAGGGUUUGAAUAAGAUCGCCUCCCAUUACGGCAUUGAUUUGGUGAAGCUGGACACCGAGGACUGGGACGAUGCGGAGGAAAAGGUGAAGGACGUUAUCAAGAAGAACCGCGCGCAGGCGAGUUACGCUCCCAGCGCCACAGACAGUCAGAAGCAAGCACAGGCCGCGAGCACCUCCUAGAACUGGGGCACGUCUGGCAGCAACAACACUGGUGGAGGCUUCGCUUCCCCUCAGACCUGGGGCUUCCCGCAGCAAGGUGCUUGGAACUUUGCCGCGCCAGCGCAGGCUGCUGCUUCGGCCUUGGGCCAGGCCGCCGGGCGCAUUGGCAAUCAUUGGGGUCAGUUUGUCAACAGCGGCUCCCAUCAACCUUUUGCUUAAAGCAGGAUGAGCGCUUGCUUUGUUCAUGAGUCGGCAACGACAACGAAGAAAUGUGUUAUGGGGAUGAUUGAGGGAGGGAGCAAUGGGGAGGAAGAAUAUGUCCCUCUGUACGUACGUUUAUUUGCAUUGCGACGGCACAGCAGUGCACGGGAUAGUAGAUGUCUGGGAAGGGUUCGGACAUAAAAUGAUACUACAAAUGCUACAAUGAAAGCCUCACUUGUCUCCGAAAUGGUGUAAUGUCUG